CCCGCUCCCGGCCCCGCCGCCGCCAUGAUCUCCCUCACGGACACGCAGAAGAUUGGAAUGGGAUUGACAGGCUUCGGAGUGUUUUUUCUUUUCUUUGGAAUGAUUCUCUUCUUUGACAAAGCUCUUUUGGCUAUUGGAAAUGUUUUAUUUGUGGCUGGCUUGGCUUUUGUUAUUGGUUUAGAAAGAACAUUUAGAUUCUUCUUCCAAAAGCACAAAAUGAAAGCAACGGGCUUUUUCCUGGGUGGUGUGCUCAUAGUUCUUAUUGGUUGGCCUUUGAUAGGAAUGAUCCUUGAAAUUUAUGGGUUCUUCCUAUUAUUCAGGGGGUUCUUUCCUGUGGUGGUUGGCUUUAUUAGAAGAGUUCCAGUCCUUGGCUAUCUCUUGAAUUUACCUGGUAUAAGCUCGCUUGUAGACAAAGUUGGAGAAAGCAACAACAUGGUAUAAUGACAAGAGGGCGGAAGACUGAUUCUAAACUUAUUGUAUUAUUUAUAAAAAUCCUUUUGAAGAAUACUCGACACAAAGAUUAAGUUGUGUACAAAGGAAAAGCUUGUAACAUUCUUUACAUAACAGUUUAAUUUAAAAUGUAUAGUUGACAAUGUACAUUAGAAACGAAGCUCAGCAAGUGUGCUUCUAGGAAAAGUAACUCCAGAGUUCAGGAAAUAAACCGAAGAGGUGAAAGUCAUGGAAUAACCCAUGCUACAACUGUACAAGACUUCUUGUUGUUUUUUUGGAGAACAUGCUAGCUGUGGAAUUAAUGGUGCCUGUAGUUUUCCUCCUUAUUUUGAAGGUGCAGUAGAACAAACAGGCCUGCCCUUUUUAAGGGUGACACCAACUUAUCCAACCCUCUGCUUGCUACCCUCAGAGUCAAAAUACAAAAAAAAGGCAAAAAAACUUCUUGUGUAACAAGAGAUGUGUCUUUGUGUGAAAGUUAGGAUGACUAUUCAUCUUGAAUCGUAUUAUGACAGAAAAAAGGAAAUCCCACAAGGUUCUGCUGUAAAUCUUUUUUGUAAAUAUGAGGCUGAAAUAAAACAUUGUUAUCUUAAUGUUUCAAAGCCAAACAUAAGUUGAUUGUAUUUGAUUUCCAUUUUGGAAUCUGCAUAAUGUCAGUCUUAAGUGUGGGCUCUGAACGUGCAGAUUGCAAUAAGCAGCUCUGGAGACUGACUUACACUCCUUCCAGUUUGUUCUCCUUGAGUCGUGUUACACGUGAACGUCCUGGUGAGAACGUAGCCCUUUUCACUGGCAGGAAAGCUUCGUGAAAUACGCUUAGUUCACAAGAAGAUGCAUUUGGCUAAGGCGCUGAUGUGGACCCUGUGAAAUGUAUCUUAUCAAAAUAUGAACAUUUCUUUUUAAAUUGUUUGGAGCUAAGGUUUCCUUGUUUACCCUGGAACUACAAACUGAAGAUUUUAUUUUUUACAGUAAUAAAAUGAAAACAUAAAAUUCUGUUUAUGUGAGUCUCUGGGAAGAAAAUUGAUCUAACUGGUUAACUGAAGUGCCAGUCCUGGUAUCCGGGUUAUAACUUGUUCCUUGGGUUAUUUCAAAUAACUUACUGUUUCUGUCAGUCAUAACUUUUAUCAUCACCUUUGCAGUUACAGAGGUUCUUGGCUAACCUGGA